AUGCAUGCUGUCAGCGCUGCUGCGAGCGGAGAACAGAUCCGCCCGCCGGUGCAGGAGGGCCGCGACGCGGAGCUUGCAAGUUUGCAACGGCAGAUUUCGCAAUUGGCGGCCCUGGUGGAGGAGUCGGUGAAGAAGAAGGAGCCUGGUAGCGUCGUGGCGGAUGCAGCCAGUAGUGGCGGCUGGGUUGCCGCCACCGGAGGCCAAGAUCAGCCCCUGCUGCCGCACGGCGGAGACGGGGGAUUUCUCCAGCAGCAAGCGAGAGAUAGUGGGCAAGGACCACGGCAGCUGCUGGAAGGCGGCUGGGCCAGCAGAUCGGGAGCGAACCCUGUUGGACCAGCCGGAGUGGGCCCGGGCAUAGGACCGGACUACGGGGAAGCGAGGGGGUUAAACCCCCCAGGUGAGAUACCCGUGAUUCGAGGAAAUGGAGAAUACCUCGACGGCUACAGCAGUAGCCACAUGAAGAGGGUAACGGUCAAUGCUCCGCUCCUAGACGGAAAAAGCCGUAGCCACGGAUUUGACUCGUGGCGAAAAUCAUUCAUCCAAGCUGCGAAGACCAUCGACUUGGACGGGCUGUUUAUAGGAGAUGCAGAGAGCAGUAUCCCCGUGGGCGACCCAAACUUGCCCACUUCCGAACUGCUCCGUAGGGGGUACACGAGAGCAGAAGUCCAACGGGGGCUUCAGGCGUUCCACUUUAUCACUACUGCUGUGGUAAAAGAAGCUGACAAAGCAAUUAUCAGCAACUGUACGUCAGCGAAAGAGGUCCUUGCG